AUGGACUCCAGCUCAAUACUUUUGUCGAUUGUCGACUUCGUGAUCUGGCUGAUCUUUCAACGCGACAACAGCGGUGCUUUUGGUCCGAAACAUAUUCUCUGCGAUGGAUAUCGCAGGAGCGCCACGGAGAAGGCGGAAUCGGAGACCAUCCCCGGCGUCUUUAGUCGAUAUCCUAAUGACCAGGUCACGAGCCUAAAGUCGAGCCCUUGGCCGCAGUUGCUGGCACUACUGGGUCAAUCUGGGGAGAAGACCAUGAUUAAUAUGCUCGUAGACUGCUCAAUGUUUGUUGCUAUCAAACCAGGUUUGAACAACUUUUACCAGAUCUCCGGAACCCCAAUAUCUGAGCUCGAACAUGGGCUGAAACGGGAUGAUGGCUCCAAAAUUGCGCAGUUGCCACGAAAGGUGUCCGAAAUUACCAUUGUGAGAAGCAGAAUGUUUUAUGCGCGGCCCGCAUUGACGUCUAGAGGACGCAUACGGGCAGGAUACAGACAUAUACAUGUGCUAAAUCGGUGUCCGCAUAUAUCUGGAGAUGGGAAGGCCGAGUUGACAGCUACUCAAAAGAACACCGUCAACACCGCCAAGGUCAUGAUGUACAUAUUCCCGAGGCAAUUCGGCCUCCACAAUGUCUUCACAUCCACCAUUGAUCCAAAGAAGACGGCGCAAAAGUUCCAAGACUACACCGUCAGAGAUGAAGAGAUUACAACUCAUCUGGGUUCAGACCAAAAUUUCCUCAAGAGAGGGGUGCCGAAAAUGCCCAAGCGACUUCGAGGCACAGCACAAAACCUCAUUCGUCGACUGCAGAUUCGCCAUCGCCAGUGCUCCUAUAUCCAGCUUAUCUGGCACUACUGCACCUCUUCUAUGGAUACGCUGCGCGUGAAGACGCGAAAAGAAAAGGCCCUCGCCUCAAUAUCCAAGAAGGCCCUGAGUCGGGGGACCUCCGCAAAGUCAGGCCAAGAUCCGGCACUAACGAUGCACCGGGAAGCGGCUACACAGCAUCACUCGCAGCAGUCCCGGAUCUUUCAAGUUGACCCCACGACCCCAAUUGUUGAUCUGGCGACACCAAUGAGCCACGUCUCAGCAUUCCUUCAAGCAGCUUUGUCGAAAGUUCUUCCCGAUGCCUUCCUUGGCGAGGGCGACGACCUGCUUCAUAAUAAGGCUCUCCUUGCCAAAAAGGGGUUCAAAAUUUCUAAUAUACAAUGGCUUCAGCUCCCGAGCCUCAACGGCCAGAAGGCGAGCCAAAGUGAGACGCGGAAACAGCUAGAGCUAUUCCAUGAGCUGCUGUAUUAUAUAUUCGACUCCCUUGUGAUACCACUGGUGCGUAGCACCUUUUACGUCACAGAGUCCAACAACCAUCGAUACCAACUGUUUUACUUUCGGCACGACGUUUGGAGAGUCGUCUCCGAGCGUGCUAUGACCGCAAUCAAGGACGACAUGCUUGAAGAGAUCGAAAUAGGCGACAUUCAGUCCAUCAUGAGCUCUCAGCGGUUAGGAUUUAGCCAGAUUCGCUUGCUACCCAAAGGUGCUAGCCUGAGGCCUAUCAUGAACCUCCGACGCCGAUACCCGAUGAAGAAUAACAAAAAGAUUCUCGGCCCUAGCAUCAAUACCGCCUUGGCUCCAAUUCACAACGUCCUGAAACUGGAAAAGCGCCUCAACCCCGCGAAUCUCGGAGCAAGCCUUCUGUCAGUAGGAGAUAUAUACAAGCGGCUCAGAGAGUUUCGGAGUCAAUUUUCUAGCCCACUACCGCGAUUGUAUUUUGUCAAAGUGGAUGUACAGUCUGCUUUCGACACCAUUCCUCAAGAUGCUGUGCUCAAGCUCAUGGCAGCUAUCCUGAGCCACGCCGACUACAAAAUCUUCAAGCAUGCCGAGGUGAAGCCGGGAGAUCGACCGUUCGACGGAAAUGCCACGCUCGCCGAUGAAGAUAGCAGCAGCAAACCAGCGCAACCUCUACCGAAGCCCGUCCGCCGCUGGAGAGCAACGGCCUACCCGAGCGGCGAGUCCAGCCGAUUCCUGCAGCGUCUGGAAGGCACCGACAACGGCGGCGGCGACGCGACGGCCCGGCGGCACAGGAACACUGUCUUCGUCAACAGCGCCGCGCAGGGCCGGCACGCCGCGCGCGACCUCCUGCGGCUCCUUGCCGAGCACGUCGCCGACAACCGCAUCCGGGUCGGGCGGAAGACGUACCGACAGCGGCGGGGCAUCCCACAGGGCUCCGUGCUGUCCUCGUACCUGUGCAGCUACUUCUACGCCGAUCUCGAGGCCCGGAACCUCGCCUUCCUCGCGCCGGCGGUGGUGGCGGGUGGUGGCCGCAGCAACCUGCUCCUGCGGCUCAUCGACGACUUCUUGCUGAUCACCACGGACGUGGCCGACGCGCGGCGCUUCGCAGAGGUGAUGCACCGUGGCGUCCCGGCGUACGGCGUGCGCGUCAACCCAGAAAAGUCGCUGGCCAACUUUCCGCUGUCGGUGCCAGUGCCGGCGGCGGAGGAUGGGGAGGAGGAGACCGCGCGCAUACGGACCGUGGACAGCGGCGCAGACUUUCCGUACUGCGGGUUGCGAAUUAGCUGCCGCACGCUGGAGAUUAGAAAGGACUGCCAACGGGAGCGGCAGAUUGACGUCUCGAAUACUCUGACGGUUGACCACGGCCGCUCACCAGGCCGAAACUUUGAACGAAAAGUCCUCAACGCCUUCAAGAUUCAGUCGCACCUCAUGUUCUACGAUACGAGCUACAACUCGCACGCGACGGUGCUCGAGACGCUGCGGGCGGCCUUUCGGCAGACGGCCCUCAAGAUGUGGGCAUACAUGCGGGCACUUGGCCCAACUGCUCGACCGCGACCUCAUUUGGUCAAACUCACUAUUAUGAGGACGGUGCAAGCCUCACACCUCAUCCUCACUAGCCGCUUCCGCAAGUCAAGGCACCAGGGAUACGAGUGCUCCAUUCGCAAGGGCCAGGUCGCUCGACUGGCAUACGAGGCAUUUGAAGAAGUUCUUUGUGCGAAGCAAACGCAGCACACUGAGGUACUGGAAUGGCUUCGCAACGAAAUCGCCAAGUGA